GUCGCACAAGUGGCGUGAUUCUUUUAAGCCGGUAGUUGAAUCGCUGAGGGAAGCUGUAGUGGGAGUAUUCGAAGAUUCGCUUCGUAUAUUUAAAGUUGGAAUUUGCUGCUAAAGAUGGCAGACCCAGAUGUCCUCACGGAGGUUCCCGCAGCAUUGAAGAGGUUAGCCAAGUAUGUGAUCCGGGGAUUUUAUGGCAUUGAGCAUGCCUUGGCCUUGGACAUCUUGAUCCGGAACCCCUGUGUGAAAGAAGAGGAUAUGCUGGAGCUGCUCAAGUUUGAUCGGAAGCAACUUAGAUCAGUUUUGAAUAAUUUAAAGGGAGACAAGUUUAUCAAAUGCAGAAUGAGGGUAGAGACUGCUGCAGAUGGGAAAACCACUCGCCAUAACUACUAUUUUAUCAAUUAUCGUACUCUUGUUAAUGUGGUAAAAUAUAAAUUGGAUCACAUGAGAAGGAGGAUUGAGACCGAUGAGAGAGAUUCCACCAACCGGGCUUCCUUCAAAUGUCCUGUCUGUAGUAGUACUUUCACAGACUUAGAAGCUAAUCAGCUCUUUGACCCCAUGACAGGAACUUUCCGCUGUACUUUUUGCCAUACAGAGGUAGAGGAGGAUGAAUCAGCAAUGCCCAAAAAAGAUGCACGCACACUUUUGGCAAGGUUUAAUGAACAAAUUGAGCCCAUUUACGCAUUGCUUCGGGAGACAGAGGAUGUGAACUUGGCCUAUGAAAUACUUGAGCCAGAACCCACAGAAAUCCCGGCCCUGAAACAAAGCAAGGACCGUGCAGCACCUACUGCUGGAGCGGCUGGCCUGGCAGGUGGGCACCACCGGGAAGCAUGGACCACCAAAGGUCCCUCUUAUGAGGACUUAUACACUCAGAAUGUUGUCAUUAACAUGGACGACCAAGAAGAUCUUCAUCGAGCCUCACUGGAGGGGAAAUCUGCCAAAGAGAGGCCCAUUUGGUUGAGAGAGAGCACUGUCCAAGGGGCAUAUAGUUCUGAAGAGAUGAAAGAAGGUGGCAUAGAUAUGGAUGCAUUUCAGGAGCGUGAGGAAGGCCGUGCAGGGCCUGAUGAUAAUGAGGAGGUCAUGCGAGCGCUGCUUAUUCAUGAGAAGAAGACUCCCUCUGCCGCAGCUGCUUCAGUGGGGGCGGCCGCUCCUGUGACCGCUGCCAAUGGCAGUGACUCAGAGAGUGAGACCAGUGAGUCAGAUGAAGAUUCUCCACCCCGUCCAGCGGCUGUGGCUAUGCAUCAUCGGGAGGAGGACGAGGAGGAUGAUGAGGAGUUUGAAGAAGUAGCAGAUGACCCCACUGUCAUGGUGGCUGGCCGUCCAUUCUCCUACAGUGAAGUGAGCCAACGGCCAGAGCUGGUGGCCCAGAUGACACCAGAAGAAAAGGAAGCAUACAUAGCAAUGGGACAACGCAUGUUUGAGGACCUCUUUGAGUGAGCUAUCCCUACCUUUUCCUUCUUUCUCUAAUGCUCAUUUCAAAAAGAAAUUCCCCACCUUUGAAACAAAGUGUUUAAGUAACUUUCUUUCCCUCUUGAUGUAAAGCACCCAUUAACUUUGUGCAAAGAAUAAUGGAGAGAAAGUUUAAUUUUUAUGUCAAACUUUCCAGCAAGGUAGGUUGGCUAUAAGCAUUCCCUUCCCUGCUAUUACUACAGUAUUAAUAUUUUACUGUAUUU